CCCGCUCCCCGGGGCCCCCAGCCCGGCCGUGCGCUGACAGCAGCGGCGGGGGUCCCCGCUGCCCCCGUGUCUCGCGCAGGCUUCGGCUGGAGCCGCGGAGCCCCAGGCGCGGCCAUGGACCGGUCCCUGGCGGCGUCUACGGAGGCGGAGGAGGAACUGGAGUGGCAAGUGGCAAGUCGGAGGAGGAAGGCCUGGGCCAAGUGCCGCGGCUCCUGGCAAGCGUCGGAGACAGAGGAUCUGUCCACAGAAGCGACAACCCAGGACGAGGACGAGGACGACGAGGAGGACCUCCCCGGCGCGAAGCUGCCGGCGGCCACGGGGAGAGCAGGAAACGUGCCCAACGAGAAGAUCGCGAUAUGGCUCAAGGACUGCCGUACACCUUUGGGAGCCUCACUGGAUGAGCAAAGCAGUAGUACACUCAAGGGUGUGCUUGUGAGAAAUGGAGGAAGUUUUGAAGAUGAUUUGUCAUUGGGAGCGGAAGCCAACCACCUCCAUGAAAGUGAUACUCAGAUUGAAAACUGCAGUAAUAUCUUGGCCAAAGAAAGAAGACUACAGUUUCAUCAGAAAGGGAGAAGUAUGAAUUCCACUGGAUCUGGGAAAAGUAGCGGGACAGUCUCAAGUGUUUCAGAAUUGUUGGAACUUUAUGAGGAAGAUCCUGAAGAAAUUCUUUAUAAUCUUGGAUUUGGACGAGAUGAGCCAGAUAUUGCUUCUAAAAUUCCAUCAAGAUUUUUUAAUUCAUCAUCAUUUGCCAGAGGGAUAGAUAUUAAAGUAUUUUUGAGUGCUCAAAUGCAACGGAUGGAAGUAGAAAACCCAAAUUAUGCUUUAACAAGCCGUUUUCGUCAAAUUGAAGUACUUACUACAGUGGCCAAUGCGUUUUCUUCCUUAUAUUCCCAAGUCUCUGGGACUCCCCUGCAGAGAAUUGGAAGUAUGCCCUCGAUAACCUCAAACAAGGAGAUAGACUCACCUCCACCUUUAACUCGAAGUAAUACUGCAAAUCGUUUAAUGAAAACACUAUCAAAACUAAAUUUAUGUGUUGAUAAAACAGAGAAAGGAGAGGGUAGCAGUCCUUCCCCAGCCAUUGAAAAAGGGAAGAUUCUAAAUUUUACAGCAGUUGAAGAAAGUGUUAAUAAAAAUGAUCAGAAAUCUCAAAAAAUUAUAAAGAAGAAAGACUCAUCUUUCUUGUUGGCUACAGUUAAAGAAGAGGCAUCAGGUAGUUCAGCAGCUGUUACGGAGAAUGCUGACACUGACAAACUUUCUGAUGAAGCAAGUAGUAACUUUAACCAAGAAACUGAAGAUGAGCAAAGUAAAGCAUCUCAAACUCAUGAGAAUAGACUGGGUGAGGAAUCUGGUAUUAUAGAAUCUGAUUUAAGCAGCGAUUUCAACAUGUCCAGCCACAGUGAGCUAGAAAAUAGCAGUGAGCUGAAAGAUAUCCAUAUGUCCACAGCUGAAAAAGAGCCAAGUGCACCACUGACGAACCCAUCCAUAAGAAACGUAAUGGUGCAGCAGAAGGACUCCUUUGAAAUGGAAGAGGUUCAAAGUACAGAGGGAGAGGCUCCUCAUGUUCCAGCCGCUUACCAGCUAGGUCUGACCAAAUCAAAAAGAGAUCAUCUAUUACGUACUGCAAGUCAGCAUUCUGAUAGCAGUGGUUUUGCGGAAGAUUCAACAGACUGCCUGUCCCUUAACCAUCUUCAGGUUCAGGAGUCCUUGCAAGCCAUGGGGAGUAGUGCCGACAGUUGUGACAGUGAGACAACAGUCACAUCAUUUGGUGAAGGCCUUGUCACACCAAAAGCACAAGACCAGCCUUAUUUUAAUGAAUCUGAGGAGGAGUCGCUUAUCACUCUUCAGAAAGGAAGAGAGAAGGCAGCAGCAAGUGCUGACAAAAGAAAGUCAGAUAGCCAGAAUUUCCCCAAAAGUGAGACUGCUGAGGAUGAUGGAAAUGAACAGUCCACCUGUCAUCAAGAGGAUUGCGUGACUAAAAUCACUGAAACUCAAGAGGUUUCAUCUCCAGCCCAGAGAGUCGAGCUACCAAGGGAAGAAAGUGCUGAAAGUGAUGUGGAUAAAAGCAGCGAAUGUGAAUUUGCCCAGUAUACUACACACCAUAUUCUUAAAUCAUUGGCUUCUAUUGAAGCUAAAUGCAAUGAUAAGGGCUCUGAAGAGACAGUUGUGCCUCCUGCUUCUUCUGUGGACAGAGUUAAUAUAGCUUUGCAAAGAGCUCAAAUGAAGGUUUGUAGUCUCUCUAGUCAAAGAGUAGGGCGUAGCCUGAUAAAAUCAAAAGAUCUGUUAAAACAGAGGUACUUAUUUGCAAAAGCUGGCUAUCCUCUAAGAAGGUCUCAAUCUUUGCCAACUACAUUAUUGAGCCCGGUAAGGGUUGUGUCCGCUGUCAAUGUUCGCUUUUCUCCAGGGAAAGAGACCAGGUGCAGUCCACCUUCUUUCACUUACAAGUACACACCCGAAGAAGAGCAAGAAUUGGAAAAAGAGGUUACUGAACAUGAUGGCCAGUCUCUAGUUAAAUCCACUGUUUUCAUCUCUCCAUCAUCUGUGAAAAAGGAAGAAGCCUCCCAGAGUGAGGUGAACCGGCUAGAGGAAGGCCAUCAUCGAAGGACUCCCACCUGCUCAUUCUGUGCUCAAGCACCUAUAUCGCAGUCCACCUGCUCCCUUCACUCUCUCCACUCUGAGUGUCAGGAGAGGCCCCUGUGUGAGCACAUGAGAACUCUGAGCACUCACAGUGUCCCCAACAUAUCCGGCAUCACCUGCAGUGCCUUCUCUUCUCCUUUUGGGUGUCCUUAUGCACAUAGACACGCUGCCUACCCUUACCGCGCAUAUUCCGUGAACCCUCCUUCUGCCAUCGAAAUGCAGCUGCGGAGAGUGUUGCAUGAUAUUAGAAACUCACUGCAGAACCUUUCACAGUACCCUAUGAUAAGAGGACCAGAUCUUGCUGCUGCUCCAUACAGUACUCAGAAAUCAUCUGUUCUACCUCUUUAUGAAAAUACUUUUCAGGAGCUCCAAGUAAUGAGGCGGAGCCUGAAUUUGUUUAGAACACAAAUGAUGGAUUUAGAAUUGGCAAUGCUACGUCAGCAAACCAUGGUUUAUCAUCAUAUGACUGAAGAGGAGAGAUACGAAGUUGAUCAGCUCCAGAGUUUGAGAAAUUCGGUCCGAAUGGAGCUUCAGGACCUAGAGCUGCAGCUGGAGGAACGCCUGCUGGGCCUGGAGGAGCAGCUUCGCGCCCUGCGGAUGCCGUCUCCCUUCCGCUCCUCAGCACUGGUGGUCACUGAACUGAUGCAGGAGCAGUUAUACCUGAAAUCUGAAUUGGGCCUGGCACUUGGAGAAACGGGGUUUGAAAUUCCUCCUGGAGAAAGCUCAGAAUCUGUUUUCUCCCAAGCAACCUCAGAGUCAUCUUCUGUGUGUUCUGGUCCCUCUCAUGUUAGUAAAAGAAUUGGAGUACCUUCUAGUGACUCUGUGGCCAAACCCAAAACGCAGUUAGUGUCAAGCAAGAAAGUAUUCCGUGCGUCAGUAGCCCUCACGCCAACAGCUCCUUUUAGAGUAGGUUCUGUGCAGACACCUCCAGAUUUGGAAAGUUCUGAGGAAGUUGGAGCAGCUGAAGAAGCCUCAGAGGCAGUAGGAGCUAAAUCUGAAGUGGAAGAAGGGCAUAGAAAUAUCCCAUUAAUGCCAGCUGCUGAGGAAAUGCAUAAAAAUGUGGAGCAAGAUGAGUUGCAGCAAGUCAUACGGGAGAUUAAAGAGUCUAUUGUUGGGGAAAUCAGACGUGAAAUCGUGAGUGGACUUUUGGCAGCAGUAUCUUCAAGUAAAGCAUCUAGUUCUAAGCAAGACAAAUAGUCAUUAAAUAGAAUUUACAGGUUGACAUGGAUCAUAUUAGCUGUAUAAUAUUGGGGUUAUCAAUGGUAUACACUGGUGGAGGUGUUAUUUGUGCUUCAAAAGAUACUUGCUGCUGAGCUGGGCUACUGUAUAAAUGUACAAUGUUUAUUUCUUCUAUGCAUAUCUUUUAAAAGUACAUAGAAACUUAGCCACUUUGCUGACAAUUCUAAACUAUCAAGACUGUAGCAGUUUGAAAACCUAAUAUUUAUUUGUAUGUCAAUAUUUUCUAAUUGAUUCCCUAUAUAGAAGUAAUUUUAAGACUUGAAGACUUCCAGACUUAACCAACUUAUAAAUAACAUAUUUCUUCAGAAUAGCUUCUUAAAACACUGACCUCUAUGAGGUAUUUACUGUGCAAUAACUGAUUCAUUUUUUGAGAGCUUGAAGCAACCAAUGAUUUCCUUCCACUGCUGUUAAUUAGUGUCACUUCCAAGAAGAAAAAGUGUUCUGUUGUAAAAAUUGCUAUUAAUUCUUGAGGAGGCUACUAAUAGCAGUAUGGUAGAAUUCUAUGAGGCUACCUACAGCUACUUCAUGUUCUUACACUGUAAGCCUUGUUACUUUACCCAGGACAAAUGUAAUUUUAUUAUAGCUUACAUAGUAUUUUUCUUUUGGAAAUAUGCCUUAUGUUAAACACUAUGUACUUUUUGCCUUGUCCAGGCUUCUUUAUUAUAAGGAGAGAUCUUUUCUUCUGUCUUUUAGACAAAAUAGUAGAGUAUUACCAAAAUAACAGGGCCUGUGACUUGAAUGCAUAGAAAUGAUUAAGCUGGAUUUUGUCUUUUCAAAGUGAAACUGAUUUAGAUUUGUUUCCCUCGUCCAUAAAUGGUUUUAAUUCAGUUUUGACCACUGAAAAAUGUUCAUUUUUAUGAAAAAAGGAAAAUGGUUUCCUAUUUGGUUUUAUAUAUGUCAAAUGGAUGUGUAAAGUAACAACUAAAUGUAAUUGGAAUUAUUCUUUUAGCAUUUAUAGUUUUCAACUCAUUAUGUUUCUUUUUGUGUAAAAUUUUAAUCAAAAGUGGUUGAGAUGUUAACAGUAUUCUUUGAAAGAAUAUCUAAAAGGUCUGUUAAUGUUGAAUUAUCACACAAAGGCUGAUUUCUAAAAAAAAAAUAUUAAAACAAUAAAGUAUUUAUUUUGCCUAACAUGCUAUCAGUGGUUUCUUUUCUUGAACUCCAACAUGAAGAAUUUGGAUUAGAUUUGAUCAGUAACAAAGUCUAAAAGAAUUGCAGCACAUAACAAAAUAGGUUUUUAUUCUCUUUUCUUGAAGAGGCUUCAACAAUGCUUAAAAAGUGCAGUUGAGACUAGACCACCCUGGAGAGACAGCACAUACUGAUGCCUGUUGGCCUCAUCUAGUUCUGAGGUCCUAAUGAUUACCAUCUGAGACCACAGAAAACUCCUUUUAAACUGUACUGUUAAAACUACAAAAAAACAGACAUUAAAAUAUUCUUUUAUUACUUGGUCAAAUUAUUCAACAGUUUAACUAGUUGAUUCUAAUAGCAGUAAUGAUAAGUAUAGACCAAACAACCCUGUCUUAAUACAGGAAUAGUUGAUUUUAAUUGUUUAGUUUUGUAGCCAAUUUUAGUACAUUUCUGACAAUACGUGAUACCCAAAAUUUGAUCUUCAAAGUUAGGGAUAUAACAGUUGCAGCAACUUAUAAGGUGAACAGUGGACAGAUCAGUUGCAUAGCAUACACAUGAAAUAAAAUGAACCACAACACUAUUAGAGUUUCAUCUUCCCUCUCCUUAUUUUAAACCUUUGUGUACAUAGUAAAUAUUGGAAAGCUGUUAUGUUCAAGCCACCAUGCUAGCUGCUAUAUAGAAAUGAAGAAUGAGAGAGGGUCUAAAAAAUAGAUGGAGAAACAAGCAUAUGUUUAUUUAUGCUUAAGUUUAGAAAUACCAAAUGCAAAAUAGAAAAACAAAAAUCAAGAGUAUAGCCUGGGGUGGUCAGAGAAGCCUUUACCAAAGAGAUGUGGUUUGAGUAAAAACUCUUCAAAAAUGGGAAGUGGAAGGGGCAGGGUUCAAAUAGUCAAGAAGAAUAUUAGCAAAAGUUAUCCAGAAUGCGUAAGUCUAGUUUGAAUCACCGUGUGUAGUCAUAAUUUGAUUAUAGAGUGAAGGAUUUUUGAAGGGGAAUAGUGAAAAAGUUGGAAAGGUAGGUUGUGGGUAUAUUGUGUAGUCUUGAAUGCUAGAUUAGAGGUCCCUGGAUAGCGCAAAUGACUUGCUCGUCUACUAACAGAAAGGUGGGCGAUUUGAACCCAUUGAGCAGCCCUGCAGAAGAAAGGCCUGGCAGUCUGCUUCUGUAAAGAUUCCAGCUAAGAAAACCCUAUGGAGCUCAGUUCUAAUCUGUAACACAAGGGGUCACCGUGAAUAGACUCGACGGCAAUGUGUUUUUGUUUUUGUUUUUAAUGCUAAUUAAGGAAUGUAUUGACCACGUUACAUACAGGUAAUAGAGGACUGGCAUAAUGAAUGCAAUGUUUUUAUGAAUGCAGGUUAUCCAUAGUUUAUGUAUAUUGUGCUAAGAGCUUGAACUAAGAAAUCAGAAGAAAAACAAUCUUGAAAUUUCGAAGUUUGGAGCCCCUAUGAAUGAUACCUUACUGACAAAAAUAGGCAGUUUCUCAAGUUUGACAUACAUAUUGUUUCUCUAAAGAGUAUUCAGUUGAAUUUCAGUAACAUGGAAAAUAUGUAUUACAUCAUUUAGGAAUAUUUGCUCAGCUGGCUAUCUUCAGCUUUUUAAGAGGAAAAUGAGAAUGCAGUAAAAAGUGCAUGUAAAAAAAUGUAGAGAAAGUUAUGUACUGCCCAUGUUCCUCACUUGCACAAAGGGGAGUGUGGUGCUAGUGGAAGAAUAAAGCAAAACGGAGGCAUAGGUUCUUCUUCUUCCCCCUCUCCUGGAAAGGAGGAAUUGACAGCACUGCUAAGAAGUGGGGAAAGGAAACAGUCCACCAGCUUAUAGUUAAAGCUGAAGAUCUAAGUUUUGUAGUAGGUUAGGUAUGCCUAAUUAUUAGAAUCAUUAUGAAUAUAGCAAACAUGUAAUUAGCAC